ACCCCCUCUCGUGGGUGCUCUUUGAAGUGGAGGAGGGAGGCGGCGACGGGGAGGAGGAGGAGGAGGAGGAGGAAGGGAGUGAGGCCGAGCCCUCGGCUCCCUGCACUCUGAGCCUCCCCCUGCUCCGAGCACCUGGCGCUGCCUGCCCACAGCAGCUCUGCCCCCUUCCCCAGGAGGACAACCUGCUGACCCCGGGGCCAGGCAUCUCUAAUCACUCACCGAACUCUCCCAUGGGACCACCAAGCAGCCACUAACCAUCAAUCCCAGAUAGCCCCAAGGGCUCUUCCCUAAAGUGGACCCUCGUCGGCUGUCAGAGGAGCUGGGCUUGGCCUCGCAGCAACAGCGGCCUUGCUUCCUAGGAUGGAUGGUCAACGGCAGCCUUCGCGCUGGGUCUGGGCCCUGCUGGCGGUGGUACUUCUGGCGGGGGAUGUGGCAUCUACUGGGGCCACGGACAACAGCCCAACCUCCAACAGCCUGGAGGGGGGCACUGACGCCACUGCCUACUGGUGGGGAGAGUGGACCAAGUGGACGGCGUGCUCCCGCAGCUGUGGGGCCGGGGUGACAUCCCAGGAGCGGCACUGCCUGCAGCAGAGGAGGACAUCUGUCAUGGGUGCUGGGAACAGGACCUGCACAGGCACGUCCAAGCGGUACCAGCUGUGCAGAGUGCAGGAGUGUCCGCCGGACGGGAGGAGCUUCCGCGAGGAGCAGUGCAUCUCCUUCAACUCCCGCGUGUAUGACGGGCGGACACACCAGUGGAAGCCCCUGUACCCUGACGACUAUGUCCACAUCUCCAGCAAGCCAUGUGACCUGCACUGCACCACUGUGGACGGUCAGCGGCAGCUCAUGGUCCCCGCCCGCGACGGCACGUCCUGCAAGCUCACCGACCUGCGAGGGGUUUGCGUGUCUGGAAAAUGUGAGCCCAUCGGCUGUGACGGGGUGCUCUUCUCCACCCACACGCUGGACAAGUGUGGCGUCUGCCAGGGGGACGGUAGCAGCUGCACCCAUGUGACGGGCAACUAUCGCAAAGGGAAUGCCCACCUUGGUUACUCUCUGGUGACCCACAUCCCGGCUGGCGCCCGAGACAUCCAGAUCGUGGAGCGGAAGAAGUCUGCGGAUGUCCUGGCUCUCGCGGAUGAAGCUGGCUACUAUUUCUUCAACGGCAACUUCAAGGUGGACAGCCCCAAGAACUUCAACAUCGCGGGCACCGUGGUCAAGUACCGGCGGCCCAUGGACGUCUACGAGACGGGCAUCGAGUACAUUGUGGCGCAGGGGCCCACCAACCAGGGCCUGAACGUCAUGGUAUGGAACCAGAACGGCAAAAGCCCCUCCAUCACCUUUGAGUACACGCUGCUGCAGCCGCCGCACACCCACCGCAUCCAACCGGUCUACUACAGCUUCUCCGAGCCCACCUCCGAGAGCGCAGAGAGCCAGGAGCUGGAUGGGGCCGCAUUGCUGGGCUUCCUUCAGCACAACACCUCCUUCUACAGCCAGGCCUCCUCUGAGCAGCUGGGCCUGGACAACCGGCUAUUCGGCCACCUGGGCCCGGGGAUCGAGCUGGGUCUGAGCAAGGGCCAGGAGACCAACGAGGUGUGCGAGCAGGCCGGUGGCCGGGCCUGUGAGGGACCCCCCAGAGGCAAGGGCUUCCGAGACGGCAAUGCCACAGGGACGGCUCUCACGGGGGACAAGGAUGAACAACAGGUGGAUAAACGUCUCACCUCCCAGCGGCUCCUCUCUGCCAACGUCAUCUCUGAUCAGCUCCUGGGCGCAGGCUCUGACUCCAGAGAACUCCCCUUCAAUGAGACGGGUAACAGCAUCUUUGCGCAGGGCGCCCCAAGGCGCUCCCCGGCCGAGAGCCUCUACGUGGACUAUGAGGAGAAUGAGGAAGCGGGGGCUUAUCUGCUCAAUGGGUCCUACCUGGAGCUGAGCAGUGACAGAGUCACCAACUCCUCCUCGGAGGCCCCGUUCCCCAAUGCCAGCUCCAGCCUCCCUGCCUUGGCUGGCAACAGGACACACAAGGCCAGGACCAGGCCCAAGACACGCAAGCAAGGCGUGAGUCCAGCGGACAUGUACCGGUGGAAGCUCUCGUCCCACGAGCCCUGCAGUGCCACCUGCACGACAGGGGUCAUGUCGACCUACGCUAUGUGUGUCCGCUACGAUGGCAUCGAGGUAGAUGACAGCUACUGUGACGCUCUGACCCGUCCAGAGCCUGUCCAGGAGUUCUGCGCCGGGAGGGAGUGCCAGCCCAGGUGGGAGACCAGUAGCUGGAGCGAGUGCUCGCGCACCUGCGGCGAGGGCUACCAGUUCCGCAUCGUGCGCUGCUGGAAGAUGCUGUCUCCCGGCUUUGACAGCUCCGUGUACAGUGACCUGUGCGAGGCGGCUGAGGCCGUGCGGCCCGAGGAGCGCAAGACAUGCCGCAACCCUGCGUGUGGGCCCCAGUGGGAGAUGUCCGAGUGGUCUGAGUGCACGGCCAAGUGUGGGGAGCGCAGCGUGGUGACCAGGGACAUCCGCUGCUCUGAGGACGAGAAGCUGUGCGACCCCAACACCAGGCCCGUGGGGGAGAAGGACUGCACGGGGCCCCCCUGCGACCGCCAGUGGACCGUCUCCGACUGGGGCCCGUGCAGUGGAAGCUGUGGGCAGGGCCGCAUGAUCCGGCACGUGUACUGCAAGACCAGUGAUGGACGGGUGGUGCCCGAGUCGCAGUGCCAGAUGGAGACCAAGCCUCUGGCCAUCCACCCCUGUGGGGACAGGAACUGCCCUGCCCACUGGCUGGCCCAGGACUGGGAGCGGUGUAACACCACCUGUGGCCGAGGGGUGAAGAAGAGGCUGGUCUUGUGCAUGGAGCUGGCCAACGGGAAGCCACAGACACGCAGUGGGCCUGAGUGUGGGCUGGCUAAGAAGCCCCCCGAGGAGAGCACCUGCUUCGAGAGGCCCUGCUUCAAGUGGUACACCAGCCCGUGGUCCGAGUGUACCAAGACCUGCGGGGUGGGUGUGCGGAUGCGAGAUGUGAAGUGCUACCAGGGAACGGACAUUGUCCGUGGCUGCGACCCGCUGGUGAAGCCCGUUGGCAGGCAGGCCUGUGACCUGCAGCCCUGCCCCACGGAACCCCCAGACGACAGCUGCCAGGACCAGCCAGGUACCAACUGCGCUCUGGCCAUCAAGGUGAACCUGUGCGGCCACUGGUACUACAGCAAGGCGUGCUGCCGCUCCUGCAGACCCCCCCACUCCUAGGCCCUGCUGCCGCCCCUCAGAGACCCGAGUGCCCCACCCCUGGGGCCCCCCCGCAGCUGCUGGGGCCCCUCCACGGACACCCUUCCCGAGGGCGCCCAGGCUGUGAAGAUAUGACACUGAGCCUCUGCUCUCCCCACUCCCACCCCAGGGAAGGAGAGCCCCCCAAGAGCGCCGCUGGCCCCCGCCCCCGACAGAACUGCCCCUGCUGCCUGGGAAGGUGUUCUUAGAGCUAUGAGGAUGGUUUGUUGGUGGCUCCCUCCCGCCAGCACCCGGCCGUGCACCCGGCCCCACCCAAGGGGCUGGGGACUGUCCUCUCUGCCUCCAGGGCCGUGGGGUCGAGGAGGGCUGGGGGAGCCAGGAGAUCCAGGUGCCACCUUGGACCCAGCUCCUGUUCAGGGGCGCUCCUUCCAGGGGAAUCGUAUCUCACAACUAGCGUCCACUCGCCUCGUCACUCAAAGCUCUCACACACGGAGGGACCUGCUGCACUUUACGCCCCGGAAGGAGGCACACUAGGAUAUGGUCCUGUCAGCACCUCUGUAUGUUAAUAAAGUGGUCGU